AUGCGCAAAUGGAUGUUGAAAUGGAACCUGCCAACUUUGCUCUCCAGACUCUACUUGCACAUCAUCUUUUUGCUUGGCAGCAUGUGUCUAACUUGCAGUGACAGGACGCCAGAACAACUGGCGGCAAUUAUGAAGUGUUCCAAACAUGAAAGGCACACAAGAAACUACGACUACAUGGAGGGAGGGGAUGUACGAAUCCGACAGCUUUUCAGCAGAACACAGUGGUUCCUCACCAUUGACGACCAUGGCAACAUCAACGGGACGCAAGAUCCGACCAACUGCUACAGUAUCUUGGAAAUACGGACCGUCUCCGAGGGUGGUGUGUUGGCUAUCAAAGGUGUGAAAAGCCAAUACUACAUAUCAAUGAACAAGUCUGGUGUGCUUCAAGGCAAGAAAACUUACAAUGAAAACUGCAACUUUAAGGAGGAGUUUCUAGAAAACUUCUUCAAUGCGUAUUCUUCAGCAAAGUGGACUAAACAAAAUGGAACAGAAAUGUUCAUUGCUUUAAACCAGAAUGGACGGCCACUGAGGGGCAGGAAGACCAAGAAGGAGAAUAUCUCAUCUCAUUUCCUACCCAUGUAUUGCAGGGAAGAGGAGAAGAGAACAGACUGA